AUGAAGUUGCUUGCUAAUCCAUUUAACGGAAGCCUGAAGAGGCAAUGGAGAAGAAGGAAGAACUAUCACCGAAUAAACGGCUCGAGAAGGAAUGUAAAGAUUGUGAAGUUUGGAGGGCAGGGAGAGAAGAGGGCAUGGAAGAUCAGAGCAAUUCCAAAGUUGCGUCUCAAAUUUGCUUCCCCGCUGAAGCUCUGGACCAAGUUCAAGAACGCCUAUAUGAACAUGAUGCUUAGAUUGGCUGGCAACGUCGGGGCAAUGAACAGUGGAAAUGAUUUUGCCGGAAAGAGGAUCCCAGAGGCUCGCCCGGUUCCUGUAACUUAUAAAAAUAGUGAGUUCGAAAAUAGGCUUAUUUAUGAGAUAUACAAAUCUCUAGCGGUUUCCAUGGAGAUGGAUUCCAGAACCGGUACUCCGCACUUAUCUCUCAAUUUUCGAGCUCUUCCUCCCUCCUACGAUACCAUGACAGACGAAGUAGUCACCCCCGAUCGCUGCCAUUCUGACUCCAGCCUCAUCCUCGAGUACCAGCAGCUCUACAACCGCUAUGCAUUUUGCCUCGCCAACCUCCGCGAAUCCAUCAAAGAAGUGCAGGCUCUCGGUCAAGACAACGAAUCUCUCCGCCUCGCAAAUGCCGACUUAGUUCACCGCCUCAGUCUCCUCUCCCGAGCCACCAUCCACAACUGCCUCCUCUCCGACUUCAACCGCCUCAGAAUCAGUGGAAACGCUACUCCCUCGCCGCGCUUAUACUCUCGCGAGGCCUCACCCGCUCCGGCUCCCGAUGUCAUCCAACAAAAACGCUUCCAACGACGGCACCUCGCCGAACGGGUCUCCCUCCCUAAGAGCAUUUCCAUUCGCUCCGCCGGCUAUCUCAAGUUUAAACCCGAAUCUGCUGGAAAAUAUGAAGCUCCGACGACUCAGGCCUCGAGUCCAAACCGAGUUAACUCUCCACCCUUACCAGAUUCGGAGAAGGCUAGGCAAAGGGUGUACGUAGCAGGGGGAGGGAGAGAGGAAGAGGCGUCGCAGUUCGAGGUGUACAAUCAAGGGAUGUCCAAGACGGAGCUGUGUAACAAGUGGCAGGAGACCGGAAGUUGCCCUUUUGCUGGAAACUGUCGAUUCGCACAUGGGAUCAUGGAGCUGCGUCCGGUGAUAAGGCACCCUCGUUACAAGACUGAGGUUUGCCGGAUGGUUCUUGCUCGGGAUAUCUGCCCCUAUGGUCACCGAUGCCAUUUUCGUCACUCCCUUUCCUGAGACCUUUUAUUGCUUCUAGCUAAUACAGACUGAUCACUUAAAGCGGAUACAGGAUUCAUUCAUUGAUUUCUACACAUUUAUAGAUCAUUGAGAUGUACUGCUUAUUGGUACUUAGCUGCUUGAUAGCUCAAGUGUUGAUUGUUUCCAUGAUGGACUAUAUAUUGUGCAAGUAUUAGUACGCAACAGUAGCAUGCGGUUUUGCAGGUCCUUAAUUCUGGAUUUAUUCUGUUCAAUAUUGUAGAGGAGUGUUCUUAAUUUGUUGGCAUUUUCGUGUUUUUCUAUCCUAUGUUGGAGAUUUUCGUUGUAUGGCAGAAGCAAUAAUGUUUUUAUUUCUU